CUUCAGCCAGCAGUUUAAAUUUCACGGUUUUCUAACAACUGUUUGGAAGUAAAAAUGAAGCUUUCUCUGUGCCUAGUAGUGUUGGCUACAAUUUUCAUUCAUGCUAAGGCCGGUCCAGCUUUAGGUUUUGAUGUUCAUGGAAGCGCAGGACUAUCUUCAGGAGCUGGUGUUACUGUUAAUUCUAACAUAUUACAACCUCGUUGGGAAGUUAAUGGCCAACUAGGACUAGAUCACGUAAGAAGUAGCUUAGAAAGCUUAUCAGUUGAUGGAUCAGGUAGAGGAAGUGGUAACUUAGCUCUUAGCAAAACAGAAAGCUUAUCAGCUGAUGGAUCAGGUAGCGGAAGUGGUUACUUGGGAUUUAAGAAAGAAGAAAGCUUAUCAGUUGAUACGCAAUCAGAAAGCGGAUUAGGUGUUGGAUCAGGAAACAGGGUGGGUAGCAUGUCACAUAGCGGAUUAGAAGGCAGAUCAGAAGGCGUAGUAGUCGAUGCAUUAGGUGGUGAUCUGUAUCAAUCAGAAUCAAUAAGAUUUGAUGAGACAGCUAACUCAGCAUCUAGGGAAUCUGUUGAUGGAUUAGGAACUGGAUCGCAAAGUGCAUUAUUUCAUGAAUCAGUGAAUAAAGAAGAUGUUUCAUUGGACGGAUUUGGUAUAUCAGCUAACUCAGAAAAAAGCGAAUCGGAUAAAGGAAAAGGUGAUAUUUUAGUGCUACUUAGCGGAUCAAGAAAUGGAGCAGUUGAUGGAUCUUGUAGCGGAAAUGCUGAUGUGAUAGUGGAAAUUAUUCUGUUAGGUAGCUCAGAACUUAGCGGAUCAGCUUUUGAGAAAGCAGAAGUUCAAGAAGAGGAUCACGAAGAGAUUCAAGAAAAAGCUUUUGUACAAGAAGACGUCCAAGAAGAAGAUUUUGUACAAGGAGAGGUUCGAGAAGAAGGUCAAAUUGUUGUUUAAUUCGUAGUCACUGGGAGAAAUUGAGUGUUAAGGUGCUUUAGAUAAAGGUGAGGAGAAGCCCUCGUCAUUGUCCGGAUAUAUAGUAGUUUGUAGUAUCAGCUAAAUAGAAUGUAAAAAUAUGAUAAACUGUAUUUAAUUUCGCAUGUCCGAAAUGAAUAUAUAAAAUUGUCAAAAAGUACAUAAAAAGUAA